AUGCUGGACUCCUCAGUGGCAGAUCAACUGACCCGACUAACCCUGAAACUCCUUGAGAAGAAACUAGAGCAAGAGCGUGAGGAUGUGGAGGGGGCUUCUGAGGACCCCCAUGUCAUGCCAGGAGAUGAGGACGGGCCAGAGGCUGCCCUGAGGAGCGCUCUGAGGAUGAGGAAGGACCUUCUGCAGAGACUCUGGGUAGGCCGUGUGGACAUGGGGCGUCUUCACCAGAGCUCUGUGCAGCUGAAGCUGCUGCUGGUGCUCAGAACAAGCACUGGGGGGGGGGGGGGGGGGGAGUCUGGCUGCAGUCCCAGCUCAGAUGCAUGCUGGGCCCUGGUGGGGGCAGGAGGGGGCCGGGCGCAGGGCAGUGGUUGGUGGUAUUGGGAGCUGGCUGCUUCUGACUGGGGUCACACACCUGUGCGCUGGCACUGCUCUGCCAGGCAGAGUGAGGGCCGGGACACACCCCCACCGAGUGGCCAUGGCUCUGCUUUGGCGUUGCAGGAGCAGCGCCUCUUGGAAGAGGCUUCCCAGGUUCGUCACCACAGGGAACCGCACGGAGGAGCCCAUGGGUCAGUGCUGCCCCCAGAGGCGCCUCCUGUGGGCGUCCACCCCGCUGUCCCCCCAGCCCCACCUGCCCUAGACCCACCACGGAUCAUCCAACACCUGGCCCCCCCACCUCCUGCCACCAUCAUCCAGCAGCUGCCUCAGCAGCCACUCAUUGCACAGAUCCCCCCUCCCCCGGCCUUCCCUACCCAGCGGUCAGGAAGCAUCAAGGAAGAGGUGGUGGAGAUGAUGCUGAUGCAGAACGCGCAGGUGCAUCAGGUCCUCAUGCAGGCCUUGAUGCUCAGAGCCCUGCCCCCGCCAGCACUCGCGCCCACCCAGCCGCACCUCACCCCACAGAAGCCACCCUCCGUCCGCCACCACCACCGCUGCGCACCUCCAGCGCUGCUGCGGGCCAUGCCUGCGCCUGGCUCCCCUCUGGGUUACUCCGUGUGGCCCCUGCUGGUCUCUGCCGCUGCUCUCCCGCCUGCCGCCAGCUUCCUGCCCGGCACCGCGCAGCACAUGACCGGCCCUUCUGCGGCCACCCUCAGCACGGGUGGCCCUGGGAGAGCCCAGGAUAAAUCCAGCUCUGAGGGCCCCACCGAGGCCUGGUGGUGAGACACAGGUGAACGUGGCGUCUUUGAGCCAGACCAGGGCAGUAGCAGAC